UCCAGAAGAACCGAGAAUACUGCUCUAUCACCGGGUUCAUCACAUGUUUUACGGUUUAUGUUCACUCUGAUGUUGUUUAUAUGUUACAUUUUGGCUCUGGAUUUAUUUAAUUUUGAGCUCCGGAUGGAUGUUUUUUUUACCGACAUGCCGGAGCGUUUUUACCCGGGAUGAGAGGGACAAAGACGGGGAAGCAGCCUGAGGAGAGCCGGGGUUUCACCGGGUGUUUCUGAGAGGAAAACUGCACAGAAAUGUGGAGAAGUGGAUUUAAAUCUUCUCUCUGAAACUGACCGGACACACCUGGCGGAGAGGAGAGGAAUGUUGUAAUCCGGACGCUCUGACAGAUGUGGAGGAUUUAAGGUAUUUUUUACUUUAUAAACCUUAUUUCUAAAGAUGAGCCAGGGUCCCUGUCUGGUCCUGGAGUGGCUCUCUAAGCUGCACCUGGCUCAGUACCUGGAGGCCUUUGUGGAUAACGGAUACGAUGACCUGGAGGUCUGCAAACAGAUCGGGGAUCCAGAUCUGGACGCCAUCGGAGUUCAGAUCCAGUUUCACAGACACAGACUUCUCACCGCCGUUCACCGGCUUCAGGACGGGAAGAACAGGAAGUCAGCGGGUUAUUAUUUCACUUUAGAGACUCUGGACGGAGACAGGAAGUUAAAAUCAGGACUUCACGAGUCUUCAUGUCCCGGGAAACACAACCUGAAACUGUCCCACUGCAACGACUUUGUGACGUACCCCAAACUGAAGCUGAAGGUCCUGCUGAGAGACAGACUCUCUAAAGACGGGAUCAACCUGGGAGAAGCUCCGUACAGCCACAAGGGCCUUAUCGAAGUCGUUUCUGAAGCUCUAAAAGUCUGAUGCCAUGUUUUAUGACGCCGUCACCUCAAGAAAAG